AUGCGUGGUUUACUGCUAGUGCGAGAGGUGCUUCAUGCCAGGCUUGUGUUUGUGGGUGGGGAUUGCCUCCUUUGUGAUUCGGACAGUGAAACAAUAGCUCAUGUUUUAUGUGAUUGUCCGGUCGCGGUUCAAGUUUGGGGCGGUGUGGCUGUUCUAACCGGACGAUCCUUAUGUGUUUUCGCUGAUGAGGUGCUCGGUUCGCGGGAUAGGACCAAAAUUCUGGAGAUGGCUGCGCGGUUUUGGACGAUGUGGAAGGUUUAUGCUCUUAUUUCAGCAUGGCAGAUGAGUAGGGAAACAGCAAGUGGUCUCACUCCAGCAGCUUUGCGUCCGGCCACUGCUUGGAUUCCAUCUCCAGUGAAUGUUUUGAAAUGCAAUGUAGAUGCUUCUUUAUUGGAUGCUGGUGUGGGGUAUGGUGCUGUGUUGCCAGACCACAAUGGGUUUUUUGUUGCUGCAGUUGGGGGGCGUCUGCAGUGCUCCCGUGAUGCUUAUGUGGCGGAGACUAUGGCAGUGAAGGAGGCUCUUACCUGGUUGAAAUCGCUUAAUAGUCGCAAUCAAUGGCGUCUGGUUGCUAGGGACAUAGGGGACGUAAUGGUUCGCCAUGUCAGUAGGACAGCGAAUCAUGUCGCUCACGUGCUUGCGCGAGCAGCUGUUUCUUUGUCUGUCCUGGGAGGUUGGGAGUCUGUCCCUCCGAGUUGUAUUUCAGGUUUACUAUGA